ACAAGUUUGAAGCCAUUUCAGUGCAAGCAGUGCGAUAAGUGUUUUACUCAGUCCAGUAAUCUAAAACAGCACAUGCGUAUACAUGCAGGAUUGAAACCAUUUCAGUGCAAGCAAUGUGCUAAAUGUUUUACUCAGUCUGGUGGUCUAAAAACGCACAUGCUCACACAUACAGGACUGAAGACAUUUCAGUGCAAGCAAUGCAAGAAGUAUUUUACUCAUUCUUGUAAUCUAAAACAACACAUGCUUAUACAUACAGGGUUGAAGCCAUUUCAGUGCAAGCAUUGCGCCAAAUGUUUUACUCAUUCUGGUAGUCUAAAACGGCACAUGCUUAUACAUACAGGGUUGAAGACAUUUCAGUGCAAGCAAUGCGCGAAAUGUUUUACUGAUCCUAGUAAUCUAAAACAACACAUGCGUACACAUACAAGGUUGAAGUUAUUUCAGUACACGCGACUUGGUAAUUUAAAACAGCGUAUGUGUGCACGUACAGGGAUGAAGCCAUUUCAAUGCAAACAAUGCGAUAAGUGUUUUACCCAUUCACGCGAUCUUGAAGAACACUUGCAGACGCCAUUUGGUCAAUGCAUGAAGAAUGCAGACCAGAUGAAAAUUGGAGUAUUUAUUGUGUUAAAAUAUCUGAAAACUAGACUGGAGGGUAAUACAAGUGAGAUUGGUAAAGUGAGGCAAGGAACAGAGACAUUCAGAAUGUGCUUUCUUUCUGGAAAUAAGAAGACAUUAAAAAGACACGAGAUUAAGUUGAGAUAUGAAAUAGUUAAGCUCGAUCAAAAAAAUGCAGAAUUUGAGGGCACAGAAACCUUCAGACAUGUGUUACUUUUUUAA